GUUUUGCCUCUUAGAUUAUAACUGCAACUCUUAUUUAAUAUAUUAUUUAUUUAUCAAAAAACCAAGAAAAAUUAAAAAAAUAAAAUUCAUAUUUCAUCAAAAACAUCCUGUUUUUUAGAUGAUGGUUGCUCUAACAUCAGUUACUCCACACUCAUCUUCUUCAUGUUUUCAUUCAAAGCUUUAUAGGAUUCCAUUUACAUCUUAUUCGAAUCUUGUAAAUGAAAACAAUACUACUUGUUACUUUGCAAUCAAUCCACUUAAAUUUUCUUCCAGGAACAAGUCUCUUACAAGGUUCACUAUCCAAAGUGCAGCAACCAAAACUGCUAAAACACCGGCUGAAGAAGAGUGGAAAGUCAAGAGGGAGCUCCUGCUACAGAAAAGGGUUAGAAGUGUGGACGUAAAAGAAGCAUUACGACUUCAACAACAAAAUAACUUUGUGAUUCUUGACGUGAGACCAGAAGCAGAGUUUAAAGAGGCUCAUCCCCCAGGUGCAAUCAAUGUGCAAAUAUACAGACUUAUAAAGGAAUGGACAGCAUGGGACAUAGCUAGACGGGCUGCAUUUGCCUUUUUUGGUAUCUUUGCUGGAACAGAAGAAAAUCCCGAGUUUUUGCAAAGUGUGGAAUCGAAAUUAGCUAAAAGCUCCAAGAUCAUUGUGGCUUGUGCAUCGGGAGGUACAAUGAAACCUACUCAAAAUCUUCCCGAAGGCCAACAAUCAAGGUCACUUAUAGCUGCCUACUUGCUAGUACUUAAUGGAUACGAUAAUGUCUUUCAUUUGGAGGGAGGAUUGUAUCAAUGGUUCAAAGAAGACCUGCCUAUAGACUCAUCAGAGGAUUAAAGUUUUGAGCUGCAAAGAAUGCUUGUAAUUUCGGGCCUAACUUAUAGUUUCAAAACUAUUCCAGUUAACAAUUACUUUUUGCUAUAGAUCAUCUUUGAAUCAGGUGUUUCUUCCUUCUAUGUAUAUUUAGUCUACGGAACUUUUUUUUGCUAA